AUGGAGUCAAUGAAGAUGAAGCUUAUGGUGGUGCUCAUGGUGGCUAUUGUGGCUUUCUCCGCCGUAGGAAAGGCGGCUGCGGCAGAGGCUCCGGCUCCAAGUCCUACUUCUGAUGCUGCUAUGUUCGUCCCGGCAUUCUUUGCAUCUGUUGCUGCUUUGGCCUCUGGGUUUCUCCUCUAA